AUGAAUCAAUUGUAUCUUCAUAAAAACUGUGACAGAAAUUUUAAUCAUCAAACACUCAAGAAGGGAGAGAAAAAUGGCCUAAAAUUCGUUAAUAAAUUGAGUAUCUAUGUGUAUCUCUCUCUCUAUAUCUUUUCCCGCUCUCCGUCUUUCUCUCCCUCUGUCUUUUUUCUGUCUUUCUCUCUCUGUCUCUUUUUCUCUCUUUCGCUCUCUCUCUAUCUUUUUCUCUCUUUUUCUCUCUCUUUUUGCUUUUUUCUCUCUGUCUUUUUUCUUUCUUUCUCUCUUUCUGUCGCUCUCGCUCUCUCUCUCCAUCUUUUCUCCUUUUCUCUCUCUCUAUGUUUUUCUUUCUUUCUUUCUUUCUUUCUUUCUUUCUUUCUUUCUUUCUUUCUUUGUCUUUUUCUGUCUUUCGCUCACUCUCUCUCUCUAUCUUUUUCUCUCUUUGUCUCUCUCUCUCUUUGCUUUUUUCUCUGUGUCUUUUUUGUCUCUCUCUCUCUCUCUCUCUCUCUGUCUGUCUUUUUUCUGUCUUUCUUUCUCUUUUUUCUGUAUUUCUCUCUUUCUGUCGUUCUCUCUCUCUCCAUCUUUUUCUCCCUCUCUCUCUCUCUCUGUGUCUUUUUUCUGUCUUUCUCUCUCUCUCUCUCUAUGUUUUUCUUUCUUUCUUUCUUUCUUUCUUUCUUUCUUUCUUUCUUUCUUUCUUUGUCUUUUUCUGUCUUUUCUCUUUCACUCUCUCUCUCUCUCUCUCUCUCUCUUUCUCUCAGUUUUUCUCUCCUUUCUUUUUUCUUUUCAUAUUCUUUCUUUUUUGCGACAUUUUUUUCUUUAUACAUUUGUGGCAUCAAGAAACAACAGCUGUUAAUACACCUUUCUUCCUUCUUUAAUCAAUUUUUCAUUGAGAAAUGCCUACUUACCUUGCUUGGAGUUAACUUAUCUAUCUAUCUAUCUAUCUAUCUAUCUAUCUAUGGAAUAAGACAUGCAGAAUGA